UCCAUCGUCGCCGGGAGAGAACGUUCUAUUUCAUUCCGUCCCACCCUUUCAAAUUCAUCGAUCCGGGGACCGAUGGCCGCCAUGAAGAAGAUCGUGGUGAAGCUGGAACUGCACUGCGACAGGGAGAAGCAGAAGGCGAUCAAGACCGUCUCCACUCUCUGUGGUAUUGACCAGAUCGUCGUGGACACGAAGGACGGCAAGAUGACGGUCCUGGGCACAGUCGACCCCGUCGACGUCGUCUGCAAGCUGCGCAAGUGCUUCUGCUCGGUGUGGAUGGUCUCCGUCGGCCCGGCCAAGGAGGAGGAGAAGAACAAUGAGGGCGGCGGGGACAAGAAGGUCGGCGACACGAAGGGCGCGUGCACGGCCAUCCCAGUGCGCCAGCCGUGCUACCCGCCGCCUCACCACCCGCACCCGUGCUACUUCGUCCACCACACCGAGGAGCACCCCCACGAGUGCGUCAUCUGCUGAUCGACGGUUUUGUAGCCGAACUGCAUCUCCAUGCCAGCCAUCGAUCGGGACUCAUCAGCCUACCUGCACCGGUGAUCGACGGCGUUCGUUCUAUAAAUCUAUGGCCGUGUGAGCUAUAUAUUUUACCGGUGAUCCGGCAGCUGCACAUCUGCAUGCUGAGCUUGCCAGAUACGAAAUUACAGUGUGGAGAAGAAUUAAAUAAAUAAAACUGCUGCAUU